AUGGGGAGAACCGUCGAUCAAUACCUCCUAGCAGCCUAUGAUCAUCACAACAGAGCGCUACAAGGUUAUCGCUGCAGCCUCUCAAACGUGGACUCGGAGACCUGUCAUGCGAUCUUUGGGUGUGCAUGCCUCCUCUUUAUAACCUCCUUCUCCCGCCCAUCAAAGAAUCCUUUCCCAUUAAAUCAGCCCAACAUCACGACGGGCAUCGGUACAUGGCUUGAUUUUCAACUUUCAGAGUGGACUAUCCUCAUCAAGGGAUUGCCUUCUAUUGUCUACCAUAGUGAGCUUUUGCCAAUCCUUCGACAAGGGCCAAUGUCGCCUCUAAUGACGGCAGGAGAUAAUCCCCACGGUGAAGACAAUCAAGAUCAUGAGAGGAAUUUUGUGGCUUUCUCUAGGCUUCGGGAUCUCUCAGAAGCCAUAGGGAAACAAUCAAACGAUCGUCAUAUUAUUGACGUUUGCCAGUCGUCGAUCAGUGUACUCCGUGAGGUCAUUGAGGAACUUCCACAAAAUCAUGACACGGUCCUUGCAUUCACGUGGCCGAUGAAAGUUAAUCCUGACUACCUCGUUCUAUUGGAGAAUAAGGCACCCGAGACAUUGCUAGUGUUUGCCUAUUAUUGUGCUCUUCUGCAUUUAAUGAGCUCGAGAUGGUUCACUAAGAGCUGGCCGCGCUCUAUUCUGGAAUCUAUUCGAGAAAUUAUUGAAGAAAAGUGGGCUUGGUUGCUCAAGUGGCCUAUGGAGACGGUGCUUGGUGGCCAAAUGCUAAGCUAA